AUGCAUCCAAGAUAUGUGGUGUUCGUCUUCGGCUUCAAAACUCAGUUUGGCGGUGGUAAGACAACAGGGUUUGGCAUGAUCUACGACUCGUUGGACUACGCCAAGAAGAAUGAGCCCAAAUACAGGCUGCAAAGGCAUGGCCUUUAUGAGAAGAAAAAGACAUCUAGAAAACAGCGCAAGGAACGCAAGAACAGAAUGAAGAAAGUUAGAGGCACCAAGAAAGCUUCUGUUGGUGCUUCUGGCAAGAAGGUAAUGUUAAUUUUUUUUGUUUUUACCAUAACCCCACCGCCACCAUGGGCCACUUAAUCCACAACGUUGACG